ACCUUAUCUGAUAUAAGAUCCGGUACAGCACCAAACAUCUGGUUAUUCACAUGGCAUACCUGUACUACGUAGCCUGGCGGAGAACCACAUCUGCCACUAUCAUGGAGACGUUAAUACCAACCAGUGCAUUGUUUCUGCUGCUUCUUUUGGCACAUGGAACGGAGGGCAAUGUGCCGCGGCAAUUUGACUCACUUCCAGUCCCAGCUCACUUAACUACUACCUAUGACAUUAGCCUCGAUGACCGCUAUAACUGCACUGCAGGGGACGGACAGCCUCCGAACAGGGUGGACACGACUGAGAGAGUUGCAAGACUGCGUCAAGAGAUGGCAAAUUACGGUCUGGACGCCUACUUAAUCCUGACUGAUGACGAGCAUCAGAACGAAUUCGUAAGCCCUGCGGACAUGCGACUACAUUAUGUGUCUGGAUUCUCCGGAUCAUGGGGAGUGGUGGCCGUGACGAUGGAACAGCAGGCGUUAUGGGCAGACUCCCGCUACUUCCUGCAGGCAGACAAUCAACUAGAUUGUCAUUGGCUCCUGAUGAAGACUGGCCUUGCUGGUGUACCGCUGCCAGCGGCAUGGUUGGGGGAAGUCCUGCAGGCAGGAGCACGAGUGGGCAGUGACCCGAUGAUCAUGACUGCCACCAACUGGAUGAGCUACGCCACCACGUUGUCUGAAAGCGGGAUACAGAUGGUGCCCGAGUCUACCAACCUCGUAGACAUCAUCUGGACAGACCGACCUCCACACUCCGCAGACCCAGCGUUCGUGUUGCCCCUCCAAUUUGCUGGUGUGUCAUGGCAAGAUAAAGUAGAGCAGGUCAGGACGGAGAUGCUCAGUCGGGGCACGUCCAUGGUGAUGCUCUCAGCACUAGAUGAAGUCGCCUGGCUUCUGAACCUUCGAGGGAACGAUAUUCCAUACAAUCCAGUGUUCCGUGGGUACAUAAUACUGGGACAGGAGCAAUUGCAACUCUUCACUCCCAGCGAGAAGGUGACUCCUCAGGUGGAGGAUCACCUUAAUACACAACACUGUACCUCCGGUCUCUGCGUAAAGAUUCUUGACUAUCAGGCCAUCGAGGACAGCCUUAAGGCUCUUGAGGAUGACCCUUUCGUUUCUUCUGUACUGAUCAAUCCUUCCACCUUAUCAUACGCCUUGUAUAGUGCUAUCCCUGUCACCAAGCGUGUCGCGGGCCCAUCUCCCAUCUUGGGCAUGAAAGCUACUAAGAACCCCGUGGAGAUCAAGGGAAUGAGGAACGCCCACCUCAAGGACGCAGUGGCAUUGUGCGACUUCUUAGCACUGCUGGAAAGAGAGGUUACCAUGGGUGUCUACUGGGACGAACUCUCAGCAGCAACAAAAUCUGAGGAAUUUCGGCGCCAGCAACAAAACUAUGUGCAGCUGUCUUUCGCCACGAUCAGCGCUUUCGGACCUAACGGUGCCAUCAUUCAUUACCAGCCAAGUUCCGAGACAAACAUACCUCUGGAUACCUCUUCCCUCUACCUCAUUGACUCCGGAGCACAGUUCCUGGACGGAACUACAGACGUAACUCGCACGGUGCACUUCGGAUCUCCAACACUGCAACAAGUAGAGGCGUAUACCCGCGUGCUGCAAGGGCAACUUGACUUUGCAGACGUUGUCUUCCCCGCCAACUCCGGAAUCUCCCUCACUGAUAUCGAGAUAUUGGCCAGGAAGCCUUUAUACCAAGUAGGCCUGAACUACCUCCACGGCACUAGCCACGGCGUCGGCAUGUUCCUGUACGUCCAUGAAUCAACCCUUCCUGCUUUCGGAGUCGGCGAAUUUUUGUCUGAUGAACCUGGUUUCUACGUGGACGGCGAGUAUGGGAUACGACUCGAAAAUGUGGUGGAGGUGGUGGAGGCAAUCACACCGUAUAACUUCAGUGGCCCAUCCUUGUCAUUCUGGGAGACGACCUUGGUGCCCUACGAACCAAAGCUUAUCAACACAACAUUACUCACUCGCCAUCAGUGCGAUGUGCUGAACAGAUACCACACCAGAGUAAAGGAAGAGGUGGGGGCAGAAAUGCUAACCCAAGGACUUCAGGAGGCCUACACGUGGCUCCUCUCCAAGACCAAUCCAAUCAGCUGCUAACAAAAAUCACUUCACUCGACCUUCUGAGUCAAUUUUGCAAUACUGUCCGGUGACGAAUACUAACGAAUGCAACAUAGGAACUAUGUUUAAGAGAUUUUCUUUAGUCUCUCUCUCUCUCUCUCUCUCUCUCUCUCUCUCUCUCUCUCUCUCUCUCUCUCUCUCUCUCUCUCUCUCUCUCUCUCUCUCUCUCUCUCUCUCUCUCUCUCUCUCUCUCUCUCUCUCUCUCUCUCUCUCUCUCUCUCUCUCUCUCUCUCUCUCUCUCUCUCUCUCUCUCUCUCUCUCUCUCUCUCUCUCUCUCACGAUGUUAAAUUGCUUUUACGCAUAUCGUCGAAUAAAUACUUCUUAUAGAGCACUAUG